CAAAAACCCAAUCCUUUUCACACUUUUCUUAUGCCCCCCUUCCACGCACUUUGCGUAUCCAACUCUCUCUCUCCCUCUCAGUAGUUAAACUGCGUUGACUCCUCAUUUCUUUAUUACCCAUUAUGCCCUCACCCAGUCCUCACAUUUUACACCGGCGUACCACGAACCAAAUAUCCCACCAUCUUUUAUGGCAGUUUCUGUAAUUUCGGCGUAAUCUCUGGGCUUUACAAUACCAAAUCUAAUUAAUUAGAAACAACAACAACGCCACCUCUUCGUAGCUCUGAAGCUGAAACCAAAAAAAACCCUAAGAGAUAGAGAGAGAGAGAGAGAGGGGGGGUAGUUCUCGUAAAUAUUGCAUGAGUUUUGGGCAAAAGAGAAAGAGGCGAAGAAGAAGAGGAAGAGGAAGAUGAAGAGGUUGAGGUCUAGUGAAGAUCUCGAUUCGUACGGCGACAAAUGCAAGGAUCCGAACCCGAGUUUGAAUCCGAACCCGAGUUCGAAUUCGAACCCGAGCCGUUCCUCUUCGCAGUAUCGGACUAGCUUCUACCACAAGUCGGAGAAUGUGCGGAAGGGCGGGUUGGUUUCCUCGUCGUCGGCGGCGGCGGUGGCUUCAUCGAGGUACGACCGGGAUCGGUCGUCCGGCGGGGACGAUGAUCGGGAGGUGUCGAGGGUGGUGAGGAAGAGAUCGGAGCAUGAUUUCGAUGGGUUCGAUAGGAGGAAGGGGUUCGAUCGGUAUAGUGGAGAGAGUAGAGGAGGUGGCGGAGGUUACGAUCGGAGUUUGAUUCACCGGUCGGAGAGUUUCUGCGGCGGUGGUUCGUCGACUUCGCUGUCUUUGUCUUCGUCGAGGAGGGAGUUUCCGAAGCGGUUUAGAUCGGAGCGGUCGUCUUCGGGUUCGGAUCCGUCGAGACGAGAAGGGAGCGUGUCGUCGUGGCGGCGGUUCGGUAACAAUGGGAAUAAGGAUUCGGAGGAGAGGAGUAGAAUUGGAUUGAGGGAUGUGAAGUCGCCGACUUGGUCUAGGGAUUCGGGGGCGAGCGAGCAAUCGAGGAUGGUUAGGGUUUCGGCGGCUUCGACGGUGACGGCUAAUACGGUUUCGAAUUCAGGUUCGUCGCCGUUACGAACGGUGUCGAGAUCGGAUUCGAGGGCAGUGGCUGCGACGAAGGAGAAUUCGGCUUAUUCGAAUAAGUCGAAAUCGAAAUCAAAGUCGCCGACUUGGUCGAGGGAAUCGGGUGCGAGUGAGCAAUCAAAGAGAAUGGAUGUGGAGAUGGCGAAGAAGAGUGAGGAGCCUCAAGUUGAGAGUGGAAGUAGUAGCGAAAUGGAGGAAGGAGAGCUCGAGCCGGAACCAGAACCCGAACAGGAGCCAGAGCCUGAGCCAGAACCAGAACUGGAAUCGAACCUCAAAGCUGAGGCUGAAGCUGAAAUCGAAUCGGUUAUUGAGAAUAAGGAGGAUGGGGUGAAAGUAUUGAGUAAAGAAGAAGAGAGAGAGGUGCAAAAUAAGGACAGUGAUAGUGAGGUGAAAGAUGUGGAGAAAGAAGAUGAUAAAGUUGAUGAAUUGAGCAGUGGAAGCGAGGACGGGGACGAGGCUGAGGCAGGGAAUGAUGAAGGUUGUGGUGGUGAUGAUAAGGAAGAGUGUGUGAGGGAAGAUGGGGAGUGUGUUGAGGAGGAAGGAAAGAAUGAUGGGGUUGUUGAUGAUGAUGACGACGAAAAGUCUUUGGGGUCAGAAGAGGAGUGUGAUAAACAAGACAAGGGUGUGAGCAUAGAUCUUGAAGCCAAGGUAGAGGAUGUGGAAAUGGAAGUGGAAGUGAAAGAAGCACAGGAGUUGGAUAAGGAAGUUGGGGAAGAAAAUGGAGGAGAGGGUGAAGUGAAUAUGGGAAGAGAAAGAGAGGAGGGUUUAAGUCAGAAUUUCAAGGAUAAGGGGAAAAGUGUGUCGAUUGAACCAACCCAUGUUGCAGAUUCUGCUGAAGAUGGUGUAUGGAUGGAGAGGGAAUCGAGGGAGUUUGAGAGGGAUAGUGAUGAUAUGGAAGGACCUAGUACUCGGGGGUUUGAGUUGUUUAGUACAUCUCCCGUUAGAAGGGAGGAGAAGAAUGAUCAAUCCGGUGCUAAUAGGCCGAAGGAAGAGAAGCUGGUGUUGGAACCGUUUGAUCUUUCGUUAAGCUUACCGAAUGUUUUGUUACCGAUUGGUGCUGCUCAGGAUACAAUUCAAGCAGCUCCCGGUUCACCUAGUCAAGCCAGGAGUGUUCAGUCCAUGAGUACUACAUUUCGUACUAAUUCAGAUGGAUUUACUGCAUCAAUGUCUUUUUCAGGUUCUCAGUCGUUUUUCCACAACCCCAGCUGUUCUCUGACACAAAAUUCGAUGGACAACUUUGAACAAUCGGUUGGCAGCCGCCCCAUAUUUCAGGGAAUCGAUCAAGCUUCUCAGGGAGCUUGGCAGGGACAGUCUCAGAAUGAGUCUAAGCCUAAAGAUGUCCCUCUAUAUCAGAGAAUCUUGAUGAAUGGAAAUGGCUCUCUUAAUCAGUCUCAAGUAUUACAAGGCAUUUCGAAUGGUCAAGCUGUGCAAGGACAACAUCAUAGGGGUUUAGAAGGAAGCUCUAAAAUGGGCAAUGGACUAGAAAGGCAGUUGAGCUUUCAUAGGCAGCAGUCGUUCAACGAUGAUGUUAGAUCGCCUUCGCAAAGUGUAGGGUCUCAUGAUAUUGGAUCAAAUUAUAGUUAUGACAAGAAGCGGAGAAUGAGGGAAAAGAGUAGUGGUAGUUUAUAUAGGAGUAGUGGCCAGAAGGAGUUUGAAUACAGUGGUGGUGGAGCUGAAUAUGUUGAGAAAAUCAUUGCCAAGAUAGUUGAGGAACCGGUACAUGUAAUGGCUAGGAAAUUUCAUGACAUGACAACACAGGCCAUAGUGCGUCUGAAAGAGAGCAUCACCGAUACCAUGUUGAGUGUUGAUAAGCAAAAGCAACUCGUUGAUUUUCAGAAAGCUCUGCAGAACAAGUCUGAUAUAACCUUGGAGACACUACAGAAAUCCCACCGGGCUCAACUGGAAAUCUUGGUCGCUUUGAGAACUGGUCUUCCGGAAUACCUUCAGCUAGACGACAGUGUUACGAAUGCUCAUUUGGCGGAGGUAUUUCUCAACUUAAAAUGCAGAAAUCUAGCCUGUAAGAGUUCUUUGCCUGUGGAUGAAUGUGAUUGCAAGGUUUGUGUGCAGAAGAAAGGUUUUUGCAGUGCUUGCAUGUGUCUUGUGUGUUCAAAGUUUGACAUGGCAAAUAAAACAUGUAGUUGGGUUGGUUGUGAUGUUUGUCUUCAUUGGUGCCAUACGGAUUGUGCGUUACGAAAAUCUUAUAUUAUAAAUGGAAGAAGUGCAAAAGGGGCUUAUGGGACGACGGAGAUGCAGUUUCAUUGUAUUGCCUGUGAUCAUCCUUCAGAGUUGUUUGGCUUUGUGAAUGAGGUUUUUCAAAGUUUUGUAAAGGAAUGGACAGCUGAAACUCUUUCCAGAGAACUUGAUUAUGUGAAGAGAAUUUUUCGUGACAGCAAGGAUAUGAGAGGGAGACGGCUUCAUGAAAUUGCUGAUCAGAUGCUGGUACGAUUGGCAAAUAAGUUGGACCUUCCUGAGGUUUGCAGUCAUAUCUUGGCUUUCCUUCGUGAAGCCGAAACUCCCAAGUUAGGCAAGAUGCCAAUCUCAUCUGGCAAUGAACAAGGUAAAGAAAGCAAUGGGAUUGCUGGGACGAGCCAGGAUCCCAGUUGGCUAAAAGCUGUUUAUUCAGAGAAGGCGCCUCAGUUGGACAGGGCACCUGUUGUAUUUCCUAGAUUCAGUUAUGACCAGAUUGAUAAACGCACUUUGGAGACUGAGUUGCAGACAAGUAUUCAAAAGGAGCCCAUGUUUGAUGAAUUGGAGAGUCUUGUGAGAAUCAAAGAGGCAGAGGCUAAAAUGUUCCAAGCCCGUGCUGAUGAAGCGAGAAGAGAAGCUGAGGGCCUAAAGCGCAUUGCCAUUGCAAAGAAGGAAAAAACUGAAGAGGAGUAUACAGGUCGAUUCACAAAGUUGCGUUUGGCUGAGGCUCAAGAAAUGCGUAAACAAAAAUACGAAGAAGUCCAGGCUCUAGACAGAGCACAUCGAGAGUACCAUGAUAUGAAGAGGAGGAUGCAAGCAGAUAUUAAAGAUCUGUUACUGAAAAUGGAAGCUACAAGACAAUCUUGAUUUGUGAUUAGCCGAUCAGUAGGUCUUUCUAUAGAAUUGUCAUCUUCUCAGGUAAUUGUACCCUUCCUGCUGAAGGUUCUAUGUUGUAUUAUAACAUCAUGUGUCCUAUCUGUUAUAGUUCAUGAUCAGUAGGUGAAUUUUCUGUUCUAGGUUCUGUUUUUCUUUUUUCUUUUUCUUUUUAUCAGCUGCUAACCAGAAUCUGUACAGAGAUUGCAACAUCUCUUUAUAUCUCUUUGUAUGAUGAAAGGUUUCCCCUUUAGUGAAGCAAUAUGAAAGAGAUUAUUUUACAUCAA